AUAGGAAUUUUAAUAUUCGACGUUAGGCGAAUUCAUAUAUACGAGUAUACAAAGUAAUAUAUAAAAUAUAUAUUUAUAAUAUAUAUAUUUAUACCGUUAUGCUGCGCUUGUCUCGUUUUCCCGGCUCCAUCCGCGCCAUCCACCUGGCCCCAGUUUUCCGCUCCGUAGCCCAGAUGGAUGCCACUGAAAUGCGCAAGACGCUGAAGUUCGAGUUCUCGAAGGACAACCAACGAAGGGUGAAGGCCCUGCUCGCCUGGUAUCCGAGGGCGGAGUGGAAGGGAGCACUCCUGCCGCUCCUGGACAUUGCCCAGCGGCAGCAGGGAUGGCUUUCGAUCAGCGCUGUUCAGGCCGUGGCGGAGACCAUCAAGAUAGAUCCCAUGGAGGCCUUCGAGGCGGCCCAGUUCUACACCAUGUUCUUCAUGAAGCCGCGCGGCAAGUAUGUGGUCAGUGUGUGCACCUCGACGCCCUGCAAAUUGCGUGGGGGCGAUGAAAUCUUUGAGGCGUGCAAGAAAACCCUCAAUCUGGAGCACGGCCAGACCACGCCGGACAUGCAGUUCACCCUCAAGGAGGAUUACUGCAUGGGCGCCUGUGUGAACGCCCCCGUCCUGGCGGUCAACGAUGACAUGUACGAGGACCUGGACGAGAAGAGCCUGGCCAACAUCCUGGCAGAUCUGCGCAAUGACAAGCUGCCCCCCGCUGGUCCGCGCAACGGAAGGUUCGCCAGUGAGCCCAAGGGUGGACUCACCACCCUGAAGACCGAGCCACCGCCGCCCGGCUUCAUGAUGCAGAAUCUGCCGGAGCCGAAGAGCAAGAAGUGUCAGUAGCCCAUUGAUUAAGCCAUCUUAAAGCAAUAAAUUCCGCCUGCCUUCGGCAAAGCAA